AUGCAGUAUCCAACAGCGGAAUAUACAUAUGUAGAUGAAAACGGGCAAAGCAUAGAUCCAUCAAGAUAUGUACAACAUGUUUAUACCGAUAACAAUGAUCAAGCUGCUUCUCAUGUGGUCGUAGAUGAGAAUAAUUAUGAUUAUAGUCAACAACAGCAACAAAUGCAAUACCGACCGAUUGUUAUCGAUGGUUCUCAGCCAUUAGCGAAAUGUAGUGUACUAUACUUGGGCACAGCAAUUUCUUCGCCUGGUCAACGUGGUAUCGAUGCUAUACAAGAACCUUUAUCCCGACGAUAUCCCGUAGAUGGAAAAGAAGUUGUUCGAGGUAUUGAAGCAUGGCUGUCAAUCUAUGACAAUGGGUUACAAUUACAAUUUGCUCGUGAUCCAUCUGUUGUUUUAUUCUAUCCGAUACGUUCGCUCAUUUACUGUGCUAGUAUUCGUUUCGCCACGCGAACUCAAACAGGUGCUGAAUUUCCGAAUGGAUGGCGUUUCGUACCUUUGGAUUCGCCAGCAGCUGCUCGAAUGGAAAACACGCGUAACCCACCCUUAUUCGCCGUUACUUUUCGACGUACUCGCCAUUUACCUGUUGAUGAAUGUCAUUCAUUUGUUACAAAGACAAGACAGGCUGCUCUGGCGCUUGUUCAAGCAUGUUUUAGCGCCUAUCAAGCAACUGCGUCCCAGCAGGAUUGUUCCAAAGUGCCACUCUAUUUCAAAGUUGAUGAUUACGGAUCGAAGAAUAAAGAAAUUGAUAACGAAAUACGUAUCGUACCGGCACCCGACCGCGAGCGUACACUAGAUUAUCAAACAAAUACGGAAGGCGGUGGAUUCUAUUAUAAAACAGAUCGCGUGCCUAUUGAUACUUGGCAACUGUGGGAGCAUCAUAAAUAUGACAAUGAUCGAUCGACAAGUAAAAAUCGUUCAGUAUCAUCGAGAUCGCAAUCGUGUAGUUCAAAUCGAACAAGCUCUUCAUCAUCAUCGACAGUCUCAUCUUCAUGUUCAUCUUGUCAUCAUAGUCGACGAAGUCGACGGCGGCGUAGGCGACGAUUGACAUCGAUAGCAUCUAUCUCUGCAAUUCAACGUCCAAUACAGCAACAGCAGCAGCAGCAGCAGCAGCUAAAUACCCAACCAGCCCCAUCCUUUCCACUAUCGGAUUGUCAGUCGUUAAUAACAAAUACGGUAACAACUGCAGCAACACCUAUUCCUCAAUCAGGACAGACAACCAUGGACCCAUAUGCGCCAGCACCAAAUCUAAUACGUGUCGAACGAAUCAAAGAUGUCAAUUCAGGCCAAGAUGUUUUUAUACGAUGGGUGAGCGAAGCAAAUCCUUCAUCGACAGUCUAUGAUGAACAACAAACAUCUGCGCCCCAACAAAUUUAUUCGACUCAACCACCAACGGGCUCAGGAGUCAACUAUCAUUAUCAAAUGGAUCAAGAGCUACCAAGUGAAGUUGAACGUUUAACGAUGGAAGACGAACAUCUACGGAAAUCGCUUAUAUUUGACGAUCGACCACCAUCGAUAGCAUCGAACUUCAAGCAGAAGAAAUACAAAAAACGUGACCAUCAUCGUAGCUUCGACGAUGAGAAAGCCAACUACGAAGUUGUCAAUGGUUUCUUUGAAGAUCGUCAAGGAAGAAAACGUCCGGUUAAACUUGAUCGUACACGUGUCACCGCUGUAAAAGAUUACCGACAUGCAUACAACGAUGUUGUCAAUUCAUCCGUUCCACAAGCCGAUCGUCGUCAUAGUCAUAUUGCUGCAUCCGUAGUGCAACAGCCAGCAAUGCGAGAAAAGCAACAAUAUCCUAUGCCAACGUAUCCCCGACCGACAGCUCAACCAAUGAUGAGACCAUUUGGAACACCCUUUCUUCCGCGUGCAACGCACUUUUAUCCUCAACAACCAUUUAAUGCAACGCCGUUGUAUUCUCAGACGAAUUUCAUGAAUGGACCGCCUAUGUCACAUCCGCCAUUUUGGUAUCGACCCAUGUAG